UCGAUUUGUUGGGCUUUGCUUGCUUUCUUAACAAAAACCUGCAACCAAGUUAGGCCAAUCCAAUUCAAUCCAAUCCUUAACGCCACCAUUCCCAAAAUACUCUGAUUCACUUCCAAUCAAAGUUACCCACUUCUCUUUCCUUUCCUUUUCUCCGGUUGAUCUUCAGUCCCCAUCUCUCUUUUCACCUUCCUCUCCUUUUUCCCAAACCUCCCAUUUCCUUCUAUCUACACUUCCUCAUUACCUUUCAGGCUCUUCCAAGCUAUCUCUUAAAUCCCAACUGCCUAAUUCUCAUUGCUUUUCAGGUUUGUUCUGAACUGUGACGGUUGGUAAGCUCGGGUGGUGGGACUUGGACUAAGUGUUUUGAUUUUGUGCACGGUCGGUGUUUGAUGUUUGAUGCUUUGCAUAGCUGGGAACUUGGCUCUUGAAUUUCCAUGAGAACACUCUGUUUUCUAUGUUGGUGCUGAGUCUAAGCUUUUCUUUUGUGUUGGACUAGAUAAGGAAAGGUUGUUUUCAAUGAUCAAUUCUGUUUAUUUCGUUUCGGGUUCAUCAUGUAACUGUGGUGGUGGGACUUCUUUGUUUAUCCCAAAUUCGUUGUUGGAAGAAGAUGAACCAGUUGUGGAUGUUAGAGAUGAUAAUUCUGUUGCUCUUCCUGCAUCCUUCUGGGUUAGAUUAGCGAUGAGAGUGUCUAGAGCCAGGUGGUUCAUUUUCUUACGAAGGGUAUUUCACUACCAGAAUGGAUCAAGAUCAAAUCUCGGGUCUGAUCCUUUCAAUUCUAGCUCGUGGAUGGCUGUGGAGCUGGUAGCUAUGGUGUUUCAGCUCUCCAUCACAGUGUUUGUUCUUGCCAUUUCAGAGGCGGAGAAGCCAAUUUGGCCUAUGAGACUGUGGAUAGUUGGUUAUGAUCUUGGCUGCAUUCUUAGUUUGCUGCUUCUCUAUGGACGAUAUUGGCAUCUUUAUUUAAUGCAUGGAGAGCGUGUUGGCCUUUCUGACACCGAGCAGCGGAGGACCAGUCAAGCAUCAAGGAGCUUGCAUUUGAUGAACAAAUGCCGAACGUCUCUUGAACUUUUCUUUGCAAUAUGGUUUGUAAUGGGUAAUGUUUGGAUCGUUGAUUCUCGCUUCAGUUCUUUUCAAAGAGCUCCCAAGCUUCAUUUGCUAUGUGUCUUCCUGUUAGUUUGGAAUGCCAUCUGCUACUCCUUUCCCUUCAUUCUUUUUCUGUUGCUAUGUUGUUGUGUGCCAUUGGUUAGUAGCCUUCUAGGAUACAACAUUAGCAUGGCAUCAACCGACAAAGCAGCAUUAGAUGAUCAAAUAUCUCAGCUACCGUGCUGGCGAUAUAAAGUGAGCUCAAUGCAACCUGAUAGUAACGAGGGACUUCCUAAAGAGGAUCCAGAAUGUUGCAUUUGCCUUGUCAAGUACAGAGAUGAAGAAGAAGUAAGGCAGUUACCUUGUUCCCAUUUCUUCCAUCUCAGGUGUGUGGAUAAGUGGCUUUCAAUCACAUCUUCCUGCCCUCUCUGUAAACAACAACUUUAAAAAUAGAGAUAGGAAAAAGAAAAGA